AUGUCCUCCCGCCAAAAUUCGCUCGAUAGUGACGAGCAACCCCUCGAGUCGUCCCAACCCUCGCGGGUCUCUGCAGACAACCCUCGCAGGAAAUCCAUCCAGUUCAACGUCGGCGGCGCUGAUCCCCAGCCUCCUGCGCCCCUCGUGUCGAGCAUCGCGGGACGGAAGCGUUCGCCGAUUGGUGUGACCUACGAACGCGGGGUUUCCUUCGAUACGUUCGAUAACCGCGACGCUGCCGACUUUUCCCUGACCUUGAAUUAUAAGCAUAAAGGCUAUCAAUCCACCCGGCGGAGCCGGACCUUUCUCUGUGGCACCGACCAGAAUGAUUAUUCGGAUUUUGCGCUGGAAUGGCUGAUCGAUGAGUUGGUGGAUGAUGGUGAUGAGAUCGUCUGUCUUCGCGCCGUCGAAAAGGAUUCGAGAAUCGCAAGCGAUUCCGGAAUCGAAGAGAGGAAGUACCGACUGGAGGCGGAGAGAUUGUUCGAGCAGGUCAUCCAGAAGAAUGCCCAGGAUGAGAAGGCAAUCAGCCUGGUGCUGGAGCUGGCCGUCGGGAAGAUCCAAGUCAUCAUCCAACGCAUGAUUCGGAUCUACGAACCCGCCCUCCUCGUGGUUGGCACUCGUGGCCGUAGCCUCGGCGGCGUUCAAGGAUUACUCCCCGGCUCCGUCUCCAAAUACUGUCUACAGCAGUCUCCUAUCCCUGUCAUUGUGGUGCGGCCAUCUCCUAAGCGCGAAAAGAAGAAGAAGAAGCGUCUUGCGGAUCCCAACCGCCGCAGCUACAAUCAGAUUCUGGAAAUGAGUGAGAGACGGGGAAGCCACAUCUUCGAUGGCGGUUCCAGUGCAGAAAGCAACGUCUCACGACUCCCUGGGGAAGAGGCAGCGGUCGCAGCGGCUUUGGGUCUCCCCGAGGCCUACGCCACCUCGCGGACCUCGCUUUCGACAUCCGAGAGAAGCAGCGGUAGCCACGAUGAUGGGGAUUCGCCGUCUCCGAAUGCAGAUUUCAUCGACGCUGCCCAAAGUUCAGCGACGCAGAGCCCAGAAACUACUGAGAGUGACAGCGGAUCCGACGACGAUCCUGUUUUGGAUCCCCAGGGCGAGUCUCCAGGAGAGCCCUCGGCAUCGACCGGCGAAGCAGCUACUACCACCGACGACACAAAGAAUCCAAGAUACAGUAUCCCAGUGAUCGUCACGGAAGAUAUCUCGAAUCCAAAGGCUGACUGA